AAACCGAGCGAUCGCGACCAAUUUUUAUCCGCAAAGAAGAGCUGCUGCUUUUCCGCAAAGAGCUCCAUCGAGAAAUCAGACGGUCACCGACUUUCCGAAGCCGACUCUUUGCGCCUGCAGGAGAUUUUAAGGAAAAAUCACGCCCUUGAUGGAAAUGUGUGUGAUGCGGCGGCGGCGGAAACACCCGCGGGAGAAAUAAUCGGGCAGAAAUUAGAGGAGAAAAUUGGUCUGCACGAAUUGGAGACUCUCAAGCUGCUGGAAAUUCAAAGCACGGCCGCGCCUAAGGACCUCUUAGUGCCUGAUGCAAAUAUUGAAUUGGAGCCUGCCGCGGAGAGUGGCAGGAACAAACUAGUGGACGCCAAAACGCAGACCAUGAACCUGCUCAAGCAGCACAAGGCGACCCUGACGACUCCGAUUUUAUCUCAGGAUGUGGAAUGCGAGGCGACGAUUUGGAGCCUGUACGACUCGUCUCUCGAUCAAGGUGUCGACAGCCGAGCGGACGAGUUGAAUCCGAAAUUCAUCUCGCUGGAGUGGCGCGAGCAGAGGCGGUCGGCGGCGACGGACGACGGCUGGCAGCAAAAAGCGGCGCCGCUCCUCUGCAACGCGGCCAUGGUGAUUGAGCGCUUCCUUGCGUCCAACCUCUGCAAAAAUCAGCAGGCCAUGUACUUCGGCCGGCCCACAAAAAUAGAUGGUGUAAAAACGCACUCGCGCUUCCAGUACGAACUUUGCCCUUUGUGGACUUAUUGCAACGCAAGCACAAAGAAUAAAGCGGUCAUGUGCAUGGCGUGGAACACAACAAACUCAAAUAUUUUGGCCGUGGGUUAUGGUCAGUUUCUGGCGAGCGAGGAAAAGCAAGGUGGUCUGGUGUGUUGCUGGAUGACAAAAAACCCAACGCAGCCGGAGCGGAGCUACCGUUUUGCGCACUCCGUCACCGCGCUCGCCUUUUCGCUCAACUCGCGGCUGCUGCUGGUGGCCCUCGAAAACGGCCAAAUUGUUUUACUCGACGUGUCUUUCGUAGAGAAACGAGUUCUUGCACAGACGAGCUUGGAAGAUGGGGGGCACAUGGGCCCCGUGUGGGUCCUGCGAAGCGUCCGUUGGACGAACGGCGCAGAGGCAAUCGCGUCGGCCGGCGACGACGGCCAACUGUUGAUUUGGACGCUGAAUUUCGCCCGAUUAGGACGGCUGCACACCCGAAUACAAAUCAGCAGUUUCGCGGAACAGGUUGACGCGGCCUCUUCGCAACUCCCCAUCCAUCAAUUCUACUCGAUUACCGACUUUUCCAUUUCAGAAGGAGAGCAACCCAUGAUUUACUUGGCCACCAAAGAAGGCGUUCUCCUUGAGGUGGAGAUGGAGUUGCAGAUUCAGCGCGCCGUAAGGGCUCAUCUGGGCCCCAUCUAUAAGGUGCAGGUCUCGCCGUUCUGCCGGCAACUCGCGUUGACAGCCGCCGCCGACGGAAAAGUGCUCCUGUGGGCGCCUUCCUCCAAAAACGCCCCGAUUCUAUCGCUCACCGUGUCCGCCGGCAUCGAUGUUGACGCCGUGAUCGGUGCCGAGUGGUCUCCUGCCUACUCGACUAUUUUGGCGUGCGCCAGUGGCAAAUUUCUCUCCAUUUGGGACUUGGCGCGGAAAACCUAUGAGCCAGUGACCAAAAUCGACGUUGGCACCAUGCUCACCAGUCUGAUCUUCAGCCCCGACGGAAUGAAUGUUCUGGUAGGAGAUCGCAGUGGCCAAGUCCAUGUUUUCAGCCUUCAGGACAUGCCGCACAAACCGUUGAUGCAGGUUGAGGCUUUAGUGAAAGCCAUCCCAGGUUUUGUGCUGCAAGAUGGCAGCAAAUAAAAGGAGAUCAGAGUCGCUUUCAGUUUAAAGAUAAAAAGUUUUAUUUAGAGAACUCCUUCAGCGAGAUAAGAUUUUUGAACAACAGUUCAUCAAAAAUAUAAAAAUCAUUACAAUUUCUGGAGAUACUCGUCGAACAAGAAAAGGGCGAGGCUACCAUCAGCAGUCUCGUGCAACAUAUUUAUCAAGUCGUUCGUGUGACCUGACAGGGUGCGCACCGUUUCUGUGUGUUUGCUCAAGAAGUUGUUCUCCAGGAAAGAGGAAACCUGAAAUUAUUCCGUAAAAGGAUCAAUAACGCUGGAGAUGAUGAAACCUCUCUCGCUUGACUUACAUCUGGAUCGUACUGUUUUUUAGUUUCAUCAGAGUCUGAAAAAUGUUUGUGGAGGUUGUGCGCCUCUACGGCUAGGGACUUAUGUAGAUCGAGCACCGUGGCCAAACUGCCGACCUCGUGUUUGGUGAAAGUAUCCUGAGACAAAACAGAAAUUAAUAUAGAUUAAUAUUGAAAAAAACGGAAUUGAAAUUUCAAUUGUGAAACCUUGCUAAUGUCGACGUCGUUGACUGUGGCGUUAACGGAGAUGUGUGAGCCGCGCUUGGCCGAGUAUUUGAUCAGCUCAAUGGCGUCGUUCCACGCCUCGUCGGACAGGCCCCGGUAAAGUUUUUCCAAACCGGCCCUGUUCGCCUCGUAGUUGCUGAAGUGCGUAGAGAA